AUUGAGGCCGCCCGUUCCCGGUCUCGGUCCAUCGUCGAUCACACGGUCCAGGUUUCAUCCAUCCAGUUCACGAAUCUUACGGUCCACACUCUUCGGCGAUCUCACCCCGAACCGGGCGGCUUCUUUCCGGCCCUCCAUCUACGAUAAAUGCAAACGGUCCUUGCAGCUGCCGCCCAUCUUCUCCUGGCGGAGGUCGGUGGGCGGCGGAAGCGAGCGAUCGAGAGAGAUACCGAGACCCAACCAGUUGAUCUUCCGAAAGAUGCUGGGUUUGGUUGUCACUCAUGAGGUAUAUUCCUAUACUUCAACAAUGACCUGAAUGACUGGUUGCCAAGUACCACCCUUGCAUUUUGAAUGGCGGAUUGUGCUUCUAUACCAUCUUGUGCGCGUGCACAAUUGCAAAGUAUUAUUUCCAGAAACAACCAUUUUGUUGCCAGCCAAAGAAAUGCAUAUGCCAGAAUGUUACAAAGGGACUGUAUCAAGAAAGGACAUCUUUUUGGACAGUUCAAAUGUUCAGCAACUUGUUUAGCUAGUGCUACUUUUCGCACUGGCAUAAAUGACAUAAUUUGCAUGAAGAAGAGCUCUAUCAAAUGUCGUUGUCAGGGGAUGCUGAUGAAUCCCGAGACUAAUAUGCCAAACAAUUGGAUUCCUAUUGUCAACCAAGUUCUUCUAACAGUCAGUGUGAUCUUUGCAUACCUAGCUGGAGUAGUUCCCAGGGACAGAGCUUUUUCCAGGGUACGAGAUGGCACUACAGGCUUACAUCGUGAUGCUACAACAUCCAGUUACGGUAGAUCAACUGAGUCUACCUCAAACGAUUAUUGGCAUGAAACUUGCAAAAAGCUUAUGGAUGCUUUGAGUACAAUUAAGAAUGAUAGUAAUUUCACUAGCAACGUUGCUGAAAACAAUGCUGACAGCAAAAAGCAACCCUUCAAUUUGUUUGCUAUUGAUGAAGGUCCUAGGUUGCGUUUGAUUUGGGUCACUUUGCAGCGAUUGCAAACAGAGGUCAAUGAUAUCUCAGAAAAUAGCGAAUUUGUGACUCGUGAUAUCUGGCUAAAGAUCUCAUUAGAAGUUAUAAAAGGAGCAAUGCUACCAAUAUGCAAUGAAUGGCUCGAGGUAGAACUCAAUCUGGAAAUUGGAGAGUGCAACACGAUGCUUACUUCCAAAAUGCUAAAGAAAUUGAAGGGAGAUGAUAGAAUCUUACAAAAUAUCAAUAGAGUAGGCAAGUCUGAACUAUAUUCAGAUUUGUUAUUCUUUCUUAGAUUUGGUUCUCUCAGUGUUGGAUGCUGUUAUGGUACUAAACUUCUGACACAAUAUGGAGUUGACAUUUUAGAAGAUCUGGUGGUUAUGUUGGCAGAUACAAUAGCAAGCAUAUAUUUGGAGCUUAUCUCUAUUGACAGUGACAUUUCUACAGAGAUGAGUGGCUUGGGCUUAACAUUAUGUUCAAUGUCCACUAGAACACUUCAAAAACUAAGGAAUGAGGUUGUACUUAAGCACUGGCUUCAGGAGAACUUCGAGUCUGUUAUCUCAAUGUAUGAAGACCGUUUUGAGUUACAUGUCCUUCACAGAGAGCUGCUUGAUAACCCAGUAGAAAAUCAAAAUGUGAAUCUUCAUUGGUGGAAGAAGCUUCCGUUCAGAAAGUCAGCGACUGCAUCCCCCAUGCCAUAUGUUUGUAUCAGCCGAUUUUCCUUGCCUGUGAAACGAACAAAGGAACUAAGGGCCUUAACCGGAUGGAGGUACUACUUCAGCCUGUAUCUGGAGUUUUCCGAUAUCAGCAUGCCAUUGGUUAGAUCUGCUUUCACCAAGGUUAGAAAUGCUGUAUCAUUUCUGCUUGUCUGUAUGAUUGGGAGGUCCGUUGGUCUUAUUUUCACUGGGAUAAGACAGUCAUUAGGCUGGAGGUAAGUGAUUGUUUCUGUUGUCUUUCUCUUUGACCCUUGUUUUGAGAUCAGAUUUCCUAAUGUCUAGAUCAUGACACUUGAGAAGCUAAGCCUUCUAUCUCGUGAAACUGAAUUACAAACACAAGAAAUUUUUUUGAGCAAUAAUUUCUCGAAGGUAAGAGUUGUUCAACACUUCACACAA